GGCGGAGCGGCAGACCGAGACCCAGUCCGGGAGGCGAUGGCGGCGGCUGCAGUGGUGGCAGCGACGAUCCCCACGCAGUCGAUGGGUGCGGACGGCGCGUCCUCGGUGCACUGGUUCCGCAAAGGACUACGGCUCCACGACAACCCCGCGCUGCUAGCUGCCGUGCGCGGGGCGCGCUGCGUGCGCUGCGUCUACAUCCUCGACCCGUGGUUCGCGGCCUCCUCGUCCGUGGGCAUCAACCGAUGGAGGUUCCUACUGCAAUCUCUAGAAGAUCUGGAUACAAGCUUAAGAAAGCUGAAUUCCCGUCUGUUUGUUGUCCGGGGACAGCCAGCUGAUGUGUUCCCAAGGCUGUUCAAGGAGUGGGGGGUGACCCGCCUGACCUUUGAAUAUGACUCUGAACCCUUUGGGAAAGAACGGGAUGCAGCUAUCAUGAAGAUGGCCAAGGAGGCUGGUGUGGAGGUGGUGACGGAGAACUCUCACACCCUCUAUGACCUAGACAGAAUCAUCGAACUGAAUGGGCAGAAACCACCUCUUACCUACAAGCGCUUUCAGGCCCUCAUCAGCCGUAUGGAGCUGCCCAAGAAGCCAGUGGUGGCUGUGAGCAGCCAGCAGAUGGAGAGCUGCAGGGCUGACAUCCAGGAGAACCACGACGACACCUAUGGCGUGCCUUCCCUAGAGGAACUGGGAUUCCCCACGGAAGGACUUGGCCCAGCUGUUUGGCAAGGAGGAGAGACAGAAGCUCUGGCCCGCCUGGACAAGCACUUGGAACGGAAGGCCUGGGUUGCCAACUAUGAGAGACCUCGGAUGAAUGCCAAUUCCUUGCUGGCCAGCCCCACAGGCCUCAGCCCCUACCUGCGCUUUGGAUGCCUCUCCUGCCGCCUCUUCUACUACCGCCUGUGGGACUUGUACAAGAAGGUAAAGAGGAACAGCACACCUCCCCUCUCCUUAUUUGGACAACUCCUGUGGCGGGAAUUCUUCUACACAGCGGCCACCAACAACCCCAGGUUUGACCGAAUGGAGGGGAACCCCAUCUGCAUCCAGAUCCCCUGGGACCGCAACCCCGAAGCCCUAGCCAAGUGGGCCGAGGGCAAGACAGGCUUCCCUUGGAUUGACGCCAUCAUGACCCAACUGAGGCAGGAGGGCUGGAUCCACCACCUGGCCCGGCACGCCGUGGCCUGCUUCCUCACCCGCGGGGACCUCUGGGUCAGCUGGGAGAGCGGGGUCCGGGUAUUUGACGAGCUGCUCCUGGAUGCAGAUUUCAGCGUGAACGCAGGCAGCUGGAUGUGGCUGUCCUGCAGUGCUUUCUUCCAACAGUUCUUCCACUGCUAUUGCCCUGUGGGCUUCGGCCGGCGCACAGACCCCAGUGGGGACUACAUCCGGCGAUACCUGCCCAAGUUGAAAGGGUUCCCCUCUCGAUACAUCUAUGAGCCCUGGAAUGCCCCAGAGUCGGUUCAGAAGGCCGCCAAGUGCAUCAUUGGUGUGGACUACCCACGGCCCAUCGUCAAUCAUGCAGAGACUAGUCGGCUCAACAUUGAGCGAAUGAAGCAGAUCUACCAACAGCUGUCGCGAUACCGGGGACUCUGUCUGCUGGCAUCUGUCCCUUCCUGUGUGGAAGACCUCAGUCACCCUGUGGCAGAGCCUGGAUCUAGCCAGGCUGGGAGCAUCAGCAAUACAGGCCCCAGACCACUGUCCAGUGGCCCAGCUUCUCCUAAACGCAAGCUGGAGGCAGCUGAGGAACCGCCCGGUGAAGAACUGAGCAAGCGGGCUAGAGUGACAGAGAUGCCUGCCCAAGAGCCUCCCAGCAAGGACUCCUGAGACUGGAGAGCCAUCGCUCCGUGAGCAAAGCCCGGGUGCCAGAGCUGCCACAGGACAGCACAACCUACAGAGAAGCCAGUCAGCAACAGAUGGAGCGAGCGUGCGUGUGCGUGUGUGUGUGUGUGUGUGUGUGUGUGUGUGUGUGUGUGUGUGUGUGUGUGUGUAGAGGAAGGUGUACCAUUUGCGUGUGCAUGCAUCUGUUUACACUCAUGACCCUGAACGUCGCUGGGCUGGAGGAGUCCCUAGAUCAUGCCUUCUUUCCAGGGCUGCUUCCUGACCUCCAGACAUAAGACUAGAAGCCACAGCAGUGGCCGUCAGCCCAGAUCUGUCCCUGGGAGCCCCCUUCCUUGUCCCAGUAGGGUGGUUGGACCCUAGCUGGAAUUCUGGUCUGCCUCCGCAGACUUCUUCCCUCCACCUUCCAGAGCUUUUCUCUGUGUAGCCCUGGCUGUCCUGGAACUCACUCUGUAGACCAGGCUGGCCUCCAACUCAGAAAUCCACCUGCCUCUGCCUCCCAAGUGCUGGGAUUACAGGCGAGGACCACAUUUUUUGACUCUUAUCUAAAGCAUGGAGUUUCUGAGGCAGCCAGAGUCCUGCUGACUUAGUUCCCACCUUCUGACACUAGAACCUGAGCAGGCUGGAGUAGAUGUGUCCCGUCCAGUCUUAAACAGCCUGGCCAGGCUUGUAAAUCCCAUGCCACUAGCAGGCUUCCCCAAUGUCUAAGACUACAGACUGGUGGUGUGUGCCCGGUACUGCUUAUGUCUGCCUCAGGCAGCAUAUCCGUCUUUGUAGAACCUUCUAGAAGCCAAGUGGGGAAUAGACUCCCAGUCUUCUGUCCCUUCCCCGGCAGCUAAGGCCCAGGCUCAGCCUUCUACAAUCUGUGGAGGGGCUAGGGUCUGAGCUGGUGGAAGAAACCCAUACCCUUUGGCUGAAGGGCCCCUGGUUCCUCUGGCCAUACUCCUGACACCACAUGCUCCAGCGAGUACUACUGAUACCGAGCCAGGCACGCUGGGCAGUCUGCUCUGCAGGCUUCGACAGCUUACCCCAGACUAGUCCGCGUCUACACUGCAGUGUCUGCUGUCCAGGACUGACCUUCAGGGGACUCAGACAGAGAGACUGGGGGCUGGGCACUGCCUGGGGUCGUUGGCAAAAGGUCAGAGAUCACAGCUGGCACACCCACCCCUUUGCAGAGCAGCAGUGGAAGGUUUGGCCUAGAGAAGUCAGGCCUUGGUUUCCAGGGAGCCAACUCCUGCCCACUGCUGGGUCAUAUGGAGAAGUUAGGAAAAGAAGGAUCUGGGGACACCCAAGCAAGUCUUCCUUCCACCCCGUGGCCUGCACUUGAGCCACAGUGUGUGUGUGUGUCUAUGUGUGUGUCUGUGUGUGUGUCUGUGUGUGUGUCUCUGUGUGUUCGUUCCUAUUUGGAUUUUUGUUCUCACAUGUAACAUUAAGCUGGCCUCUGGGCCUUUUCCUCUCUACCUCCCCUGUGACCUUUCCUAGCCUCAGAGUUGUUAAUGCCCUUGGCCCUGGCUUUUAUCUCGUCAGACCAGAACCCUGGGGUCAGGUUCCCCUCCCCAGCUGUCUAGCACAUCUGACAGGCUUCUUUCUGAGAUGGCCUCAGGUUUUCUCAGCAGAGAGCUGCCUUUAGUCCGACUGUCCAUGUCCAUCAUUCUCACCCGAGCAUCCUACAAUCAUGUGAAGAAACAGGGCACCUGUGAUGUCUGUGUCCAGAGCCCUGGGGUGUGGCCUCCCUGCUCCCCAGCCCCAGGCCGAGAGGAAAGAGCCAACGCAUCUUGCUGGAGGGAGGCAGAGUGAGCCUGGAGACCCGGUCUUGGGAGCAGAGGCUACUUCUGGGUCCAGGAUUUCGUUUGCAACAUCAUCAACUAUGGGGACAAUGGCCUUCUCUGCUCUUUUGAUGAUGGCUCUCUCCCCAAGGUACAAGUUGGCAAGAUCAUCUGUCCUUCCACCUCCUUGACAUGUUGACCCAGUCCCAGGACAGCCUUCCAGUGGAUGGAGCAGUCUACCCCCACAACUGUGGGGUAGCCUGGAGCCCUGGGGUGACGUCAUGCCUCUUUUUGCCUAGCCUGAGUGGCCCUGAGGACUAUCACAGAAUAGUGCCCCAUGUCCUGCUCCUGGGACCUAGCAUGGGGAAGAGUUGGUUGCAGGCAAAAAGCACUUUACAGAGUUCCCUAUUGCUGGGAAGGUUGUGUUUCUCCCACAGUUUGUUUAUGAAUAUUACCUGUUUUAUAAAUGUCUGAUCCUGUCUGA